GUGUAUUGACGUUGUUAUAAGUUAACUUGACGUUGAUGCUGUUGCGAAAACGAACAAUAUUAUGAUAAUAAAAUAAGAAUUUUUCAUUAAAUUGUCAAUUAAACGCAUUCAAGAUGGCUAUGUCAAAAACUACAAGUUUGUAUAAUAGACAGAAUUGGGAGGAUGCGGAAUUUCCCAUAUUAUGUCAGACAUGUUUAGGUGAUAAUCCAUACAUUCGAAUGACAAAAGAAAAGUUUGGCAAGGAAUGCAAAAUUUGUAUGCGCCCUUUUACUGUGUUCAGAUGGUGUCCAGGAGCAAGAAUGCGUUUCAAGAAGACUGAAGUCUGUCAGACUUGCAGUAGAUUGAAAAAUGUUUGUCAAACAUGUCUCUUGGAUUUGGAAUACGGAUUGCCAAUUCAAGUCAGAGAUGCUGCUCUGAAAAUCAAGGAUGAUAUCCCUCGAUCAGAUGUUAAUAAGGAAUAUUAUGUACAGAACAUCGAUAGUGAAAUUAAUAAAAUAGACCCUACACAACCUGCAGGUGCAGUUGGAAAGUCCAGUGCUGCAAGUGAUUUACUUAUGAAGCUUGCAAGAACAAGCCCGUAUUACAAGCGAAAUAGGCCACACAUAUGUAGUUUUUGGGUGAAAGGUGAAUGUAAAAGAGGUGAAGAGUGUCCCUAUAGACAUGAGAAGCCAACAGAUCCAGAUGAUCCUUUGGCUGAUCAAAAUAUUAAAGACAGAUAUUACGGUGUGAAUGAUCCGGUUGCUGACAAAUUAAUGAGAAGAGCAGCUGCAAUGCCUAAAUUAGAGCCCCCAGAAGACAAGUCUAUUACUACACUUUAUAUUGGCAAUCUAGGUGAAAUUAUCACUGAGAAAUCAUUAAGAGAUCAUUUCUAUCAAUAUGGUGAAAUCAGGUCUAUUACAAUGGUUCCAAGACAACAAUGUGCAUUCAUUCAGUAUACACAAAGGAAUGCAGCAGAAACAGCUGCAGAAAGGACUUUCAACAAGUUAAUCCUUGGUGGUAGACGAUUGACUAUCAAGUGGGGUAGAUCGCAAGGUAGACAAACGGUUUCAGCAGCUGAAGGAGUUAGAGAAGUAUUGGAGCCAGUUCCUGGAUUACCAGGUGCACUCCCACCACCACCAGAAAGUGUGACGAAUAACUUCUUCAAUUUGCCUGGUGUUAUGCCAGGUAUUAUACCUCCACCACCAAUGCCACCUGCGCCAUUCUUAUUUCCACCUAUGGCACCAUCUGCAGCUGCUCCAAUAUUCCCACCAGGCACUGCUCCAACAGCAAUACAUUAUCCAAGUCAAGAUCCCUCAAGAAUGGGAGCUUCUCAAGGAAUUGGAAAACCUUGGCCGGAAGAGAAUUAGAAAUUCAAGUAUUAGUUUAAGUUUGGACAAGAUAUUUUACUUCGAUUUUUCUACGUUCACUAUUGUACAAUUUACAAUUAGCUGAUCGUGUACUUUGGCAUUUUGAGAGAAAUAUGUACAUAAUUUAUGUUGAUUCUCCACUCUAUAAAGGUAAUAAAACAUACAUAUUUUAGCUUAUUAA